AAUUAAGCAAGUUAGUAAAAAGCAUGAAAUGGAUGUUUGUUUUAUUUUACCUGCUUUUCAGAGACUGAGAUGAACAAACUGCAGGACAUUCUGCAGACCUCAGACAAUAUUCCAGAUGCAAGUGGGCAUCCUUCCACCUCCACAUCAUGGGGCUUGCGCCAAUCUGCAGCCCAAGAUGAGUGGCGGAAAGCGAGGUCUCAUCAUCUGAGCUGCUUGCUGUCCUGCAACGUGGUUCCAGAGAAGAACUGCAGCCAAUGCACAUCUCCUGCCAUCAUUCGAUGCAGAGACUGCAUGCCAGAGGAGUGGCUGUGUACGGAGUGUGACAUACACAUCCACAAAAAACACACACUCCAUAACAGGGAGUCCUGCAUUGGGGGAAUUUACAAGCCCAUAGAGCCAACAGUGUGCUGCGUAAAGCAAGAUGGCGGAUAUACACUGAUCAAUCAAGUAUGUCUUUUGCCUACAGUGAGGCCUGUCCAGUUGUGCACGUGUGAUCCUGCAACCAUAACAGAAUCAGCUGGUCGGUAUGAUUUGCACUUGCCAAACUUGUCUUGCAAAUUAUGUCUGGCACAGUGGACACCUGACAUGAGCGACCUCAUACACAGUGGGUACUGGCCAGCAUCUGUGAAUGCUGACACAUUGUUUUCAAUGGAUAUCUUUACUUCAUUUGAAGAGUUGAAAACUGUGGCUCCCAGUUUGUCGCGUCAGGGUUUUUUUUUUUUUUUUUGA